AUGUCAAACAAGAUAAUUCUCCGGCAACCGGCGAAAAACCACCGGCGACAACCGUUACUUCAUUCAAGAACAGCAAGCACCGUCGGUGAAGUAGUCGGUGGCACAGCGGCGGAGUGUGUUGCAGUAUGUUGUUGUUGUCCAUUAACGUUAGCAGAUUUUCUUCUCUUAACAAUUUACAAAAUUCCGGUGGGUCUUUACCGGAAAAUGCUACGGAAAAGAAGAAGACGAAGAGUUAUUAAAGAAGGGUUGUUACAAUUAGAACAAAAACAACGUAAAUGUUCUUGUGGUUGUUGUGAAGAUGUUAAUGGUGUUCCUCGUAUAUAUCCAAUGUGUAUAAACGACGCUUCAGAUAUAAAAAGACUUCAAUAUUCAUCUGAAUCUGAUAAUGAUGAUGAUGAAGAUGCAAUAGCUCUUGAGAAAGAGAUGUGGGAGAGAUUUUACAGUGCUGGAUUUUGGAGAAGUUCAUCAAGAAGAGAAACAACACAAACAGUUGUUUCUGGAAAUUUUCAACUUCAAUUGAUUCAAUUACCACAAACAUCAUCAACACAGGUUGUUGGUGUUUGA